UUGGGUUGUUUCUGCAUUGAAACCGGGCGUCGGGGAGAAGCCAGGUUUCCAUAUGCGAUCGUGCAUUCUGGUGUUUUGUUCUUUAAUGUAAUUGAUGCAUCCGUGACUUGGAAGAUGUUUUCCUUAUCCUCGGAGUCAUUCCCCGUCAUGACCUCGCCUCCGGACCGCCCCUCCAGCUGAAUGGGAUUCCUCAUCGCCUCUCUGUCGCUCCUUUUGGCACCGACUGUCUCCACCGCCGCCGCCGCCGACGCAGCCGCUCCGAGUUGCUGAUUUUUUUUUUAGGAUCUGUGAGCAUUUUUGGUUUCUCUUCUAUCAGUUCACGAAUGGUUUGAUGGGAGAUCCGUCUGUCUGAUCGUCAGAACAGCGACGACGCCAAAUCUCCGGUUGCCUGCGCAUCAGGGCCUUGGCCAUGGGGGGAUCCAAGAGUAAGCCCAAGGACAUUGGUCAGCGAGCCCGUAGCCUCGAUGGCAACCUCAGCUCUGGUGGAGGGGUUGGCGGCCACCACCCCGGCUCCAACCAACAUUCCCAAACACCCAAUCGUAGUCCCACUAUGGACGGAGGUCUGGGAGGCAAUCCGUCGACGACCAAUAGUGCAGAGCUAACCCUGUUUGGAGGUGUGGACAACAAUACUGUCACCUCUCCCAACAGAAUCACACUAGCAGGAGGCGUGACGACAUUCGUGGCGUUGUAUGACUAUGAGUCUAGAACGGCCUCGGACCUUUCUUUCAGGAAGGGUGAACGCCUCCAGAUAGUCAACAACACAGAAGGCGACUGGUGGCUGGCGCGCUCCCUCACCACUGGAGAGAGUGGUUAUAUCCCCAGCAAUUAUGUGGCUCCCUCUGACUCCAUCCAGGCAGAAGAGUGGUACUUUGGUAAAAUCACUCGCCGAGACUCAGAGAGGAUGCUGCUAAGUUUAGAGAACAGGAGAGGGACUUUCCUGGUGCGUGAGAGUGAGACCACCAAAGGUGCCUACUGUCUGUCUGUAUUGGACUAUGACAACACCAAAGGGCUGAAUGUGAAGCACUACAAGAUCAGGAAGCUGGACAGUGGAGGCUUCUACAUCACAUCACGCACACAGUUCAGCAACCUGCAGCAGCUUGUUAACCACUAUCGCAAGCACUCUGAUGGGCUGUGUCACAGUCUGACGGACAUUUGUCCUGUGCUGAAGCCUCAGACUCAGGGCUUAUCCAAGGAUGCCUGGGAGAUCCCAAGAGAGUCCCUCCGUCUUGACCUCAAGCUUGGACAGGGCUGCUUUGGAGAGGUCUGGAUGGGAACCUGGAACGGGACAACCCGGGUGGCAAUAAAGACUCUGAAACCCGGCACUAUGUCUCCUGAGGCCUUCCUCCAGGAAGCUCAGGUCAUGAAGAAGCUGAGACAUGAAAAGCUGGUUCAGCUCUAUGCUGUGGUGUCUGAGGAACCGAUCUACAUCGUCACAGAGUACAUGGGACAAGGUAGCUUACUGGAUUUCCUGAAAGGUGACAUGGGUAAAAUGCUCCGCCUCCCCCAACUGGUGGACAUGGCCUCACAGAUUGCUUCAGGGAUGGCUUACGUGGAGAGGAUGAACUAUGUGCACAGAGACCUGAGAGCUGCUAACAUCCUGGUGGGAGAUAAUCUGGUUUGCAAAGUGGCUGAUUUUGGUUUGGCUCGCCUCAUUGAGGACAAUGAAUAUACCGCCAGGCAAGGAGCUAAGUUUCCCAUCAAGUGGACGGCUCCCGAGGCUGCUCUGUACGGCCGCUUCACCAUUAAAUCUGACGUCUGGUCAUUUGGGGUCUUGCUGACUGAAUUGGCCACCAAAGGCCGAGUGCCCUAUCCAGGUAUGGUGAACCGGGAGGUGUUAGACCAGGUGGAGCGUGGCUACAGGAUGCCGUGCCCAGCAGAGUGCCCUGAAUCCAUGCAUGAGCUGAUGCUGACCUGCUGGAGAAAAGAGGCCGAGGAGAGGCCCACCUUCGAGUACCUGCAGGGCUUCCUGGAGGAUUACUUCACCUCCACAGAGCCUCAGUACCAGCCGGGAGAGAACCUGUAACUGGGCUGAACGUGGAAAAUGUGCAUGCGUCCUGCAUGCGCAAAACUGAGCAUGUGCAUCUACUCCCAAAGUGCAUGGACAAGUAUGUGUCAGGGUAUGUGUGUACUGUAUAACGGGGCAGAGAGCAGAUUGCAUUCUGGGUACUAUCGGUUACUCUCUGACAUCAAGUAGGAUCAGUGGGACAUGAAACCAAUCAGCAACUUUGAGUUCCUGCCUCUUUCCAAAGUCAUUGUCAUGCUCUUCAACAUGUCCGCUCUGAUGGACUGUUUUCAAAGUAAAAGACUGAACUGUGGUAUUAUUUUUUGACUUUAUUAUACAGUACUGUGUUAUUCUGUUUGUCAGUCAAAUCAACAUCCUUCACAUCCAAGCAGGUUGUUUUCUACCUUCCUUGUGUUUGUAAGGCGCCCUAAUAAUAUACAUUCCCCAUGCACUCUUCCUGUUUUAACUCACCUGACUGAUCUUGUAGUUUGCCAGCUUCAACGCUGCAAGUGACACCAGACUAUGACAUAAAAGACUGCAUACGGGUCCAACAUGGGAGUCCGGAGAAUCAAUGAUGGAUAAAAGCGUUGCCCUGCUGAAAGCCCGUCUUCAGGAUGUCUAUUUUCACAAAAAAAAUUGGUGUACCAUUUGAAACACACAUGCUCAAAAUCUGUCUUCCACUUUGCCACUUGACAAGUAACUAUUUGGAGCGUAAAAUCAUUUUCCAGGACGUUGUGGGUUUUAUUUUGUUGUCAGACCUGGAUUAACUGGAAUAUAUUCAAGUGAAUAAUUUGACUUUAUAAUCAUGCUUCAGCUGUGCAACAUGUCAGCUAGUUUUCCAACCGUUGAGAGAUUAAGUAGCAGACUAACACCUUUGAUUCUCAGAAGAGUGUGUCGUCUCACUCGCCAAUUAGACAAAUUGGUGUAUCGCUGUGACCAACAUACAGCUAAACUCAAAUAAGACAACAGUCAGAGUCUUUCUAUUUUCUAAUUGUGACUUUUCUUACAAACAAAUGGCUACUGAUCACUCAUUGUCGUCUCAGGAUGGAGAAGACUAGCAAUCUGCUGCAAGGAUUUUUGUGCCAUUGAAAAUCUCUUUUGUACUCUCUUCUACUGUGUAAAAGUGUAUUUUACUACUCUACUUUUCUUACAAUGAAGUUUGAGUUGUGUAAGCAGUUGUUCUUCCUAAAGACAACCCUCUGUUUUGAGAUCCUGCACGUCAGUACAGUACAAACCGGCUCACCAGCAUGGUUUCAAGGUGCUGAUUUGUUAUCAAGCAUUUAAAUUUAAAUCAGGUUAAAUCUUCUUGUCUCCUUUCUGUUCUGACCUUAAUUAAUAAGAAGAUUUCUAUCUUAAAUCAGCCUCAGUAUUUUCCUAUUGAGUGCAUCUUUGUGCACAAUCGUACACUGGAGAUAUUAUGUUUGUGUGAUAAAUGAGCAACAUAGCGAUCCUGUGCUGAGGACGGUUAUGCCUCCUUCCAGCCUGUAGGGAGCAGACCAGAGAGCCUUCCCAUAUAAACAGCAUGUACAGCAAAUUAAUUGGCAUCUUGAGACUUAAUUGUAAAUAUCCUUAAGGCUAAUAUUUUUUUUGUAUAUAUAAUCUUUAUAAUUUAUUCCUUUUAAAAUAACCCAAUUGUUUAUUUGACUUUUGGCGUCAUCAUUCAAACUUUAAUGUUUAUGGUACUUUUAUGGGUUGAAUAACAUAACAAUAACAAUAUAAAUAUAUAUAUUAUAGAAUCACAAAUGUUUUUUUUUCUUCUUUUGUGCUUGUAUUUCUGUGAAACGUAUCUUGGUUGUACAUUUCAAUAUGACUGACAGAAUUGUUGAGGAGAACUGCUCCGUGUCCACUGACUCGCAACAGUUCUGUCUUGCCAGAUACUGAUCAUCUACCAGCAUUACUCCUUCCCAUUAUACAAUCAAAACCACAAAUGUUUACAUUGUUAAUAAUCAAAUGAUUUUGGUGCUGCUCCAGAGGCUGGUAAAUGAGCAUGUAAUCAAAUGUCAUUCUUGUUUAACAUUUUGGUUUUUUUCUGAUACACCUGACCAACAGUGUGUGUAUGUGUGUGUCUGCUGCCAUCCCCGCAAUCGCUUAAUGGUUUGAUUGAAAACUCCAGCUUGUUGUCCAUAAAGCACUACUCAUUAUGAUUAAACUCCAUACAGAAGAUGAUUUGGCUGUCAUGGAUUGAAGGAGUUUGAUAUCUGUGAUGCGUACUAUGUCCUGUGGACAUAUGCCACAAUGAAUGCAUUAACCUGCAUGGGUGUAGUCAGGUGAUCUGGCAUCGUUCCCUUAUUUUCCUGACCUGUCUCACUCAAUGCUUUUGAGCAAAAGUGCACGAAAAAGAUCAUAUUAUUUGUAUGCAGCCUUGAUUACAAGACAAGGUUAUUUCCUGUUGGGUUCUGUGGGUCUUCUCUCUGGCUAUGCAGAUAUUUUUUUAAUCUGUGAUAUUCCUAUAUAUACUCUUUUCUACUGUAUCCAAUGGGAAUUUUCAGAUAAAUAGCUCUUUGUUAAAUCCUACUGAAUACUGUUCGAAUUUGAAAGUACAUUUGAAUAAAAUUUGUAU